AGUAAAAUAUAAUAAUAUUAAUAAUAUUAUCCUCUAUACACUAUGACUAUGGUGUAUUGGUGUUGUUAUUUAAAUACAAAACUGAUAGGCGAUAACCGGUUAUAAUAUUUAUUAUUGCACUUUCGCGUUUCGACUCUUCAUUCUUCAGACUUUGCUCUGUUGCCCCUUUUAUUCGGUGUUUACCGUUCGUCUGUUUACUGUUUAGUGUUUUCUAAUCGUUAUUAGUUAAUAAUUAUUACUUGUUCCUUGUUAGUAUGUAGUAUAUUGUAGUACUCGUCCGGAACGCAAGCAGCGUGGCAUCAAGUUCAGACACUCAAAAAACAAUUUGGCCAUUCAGUAUUAACAACCAAACAAAAUGGAUAAAAGGCUAUUAAAUGUUAGCCUGUUAGGUUUGGCCUUCAUGUUUGUUUUCACCGCAUUUCAAACAAUGGGAAAUAUUGAAAAAACUAUACUAAAAAGCAUUCAAAAUGACUAUCCCUCAUUUACUGGUGAUGGAUAUACUAGUUUGUCCAUUAUCUAUAUUGUUUUUGCUUUAUGUAAUUGGAUAUCUCCAUCGAUUGUCAGUUUUGCAGGUUCCAGAUUAGCUAUGUUUAUAGGAGCUUGCUGUUACACUAUGUUCUUAGUAUCAUUUCUCUGGCCGACCACUUUUUUACUUUAUUUCAUGUCUGCGGUAAUUGGUUUUGGUGCUUCAGUUAUUUGGACAGGGCAAGGAGCAUAUUUAACAUUAAAUUCUGAUUCUUCUACUAUGUCCAGAAACUCGGGAGUAUUUUGGGCGUUGUUACAAAUGAGUAUGUUUUUAGGAAAUACAUUUGUGUUUUUUGCACUUCACGAUAAAAAUCAUUUGGAUGAAUCAACAAGAACUUUAGUCUUCACUGUUCUCAUAGCUGUAUGUUUUUUGGGUACUUUGUUAUUUUUACUUUUACGAUCGCCUUUAAGUUCAGAAGGAACUGAAAAUGAACGAGGAGAAACUUUAUCGCCUAUUCAAGAAAUAAAAAAUUCUUUGUCUCUUUUCCUAACUGAAGACAUGUGUUUAUUAAACAUGUCAUUUUUUUUUACUGGUUUACAUUUGUCAUUUUAUAGUGGUGUCUAUAGUUCAAGUAUUGGAUUCACUACAAGUAUGGGAACCAACAGUAAACAGCUUGUGGGUUUAUCAGGAAUCUUGAUUGGUGUUGGCGAAAUUUUAGGAGGUUUUCUGUUCAGCAUUCUGGGUAAAAAAACUUCUGAUAACAACAUUGAAUCCAAAGGAUUCAGUCAUUCAGCAGUAGUUGCUCUUGGUUUUAUUAUAAAUAUUGUUGCAUACGGUUUGAUAUUUAUAAAUUUACCAGACGAAUCACCAUUUGGUGAUACAACAGCAAAAUCUUUUAUCGAACCUAAUCAGUACCUAGCAAUUUUCUGCAGUUUUCUCUUGGGUUUUGGUGACAGUUGUUUCAAUACUCAAAUUUACAAUGUAAUUGGACAAAGAUACUCUGAAAAUAGUGCCCCAGCUAUGGCCCUGUUUAAAUUUAUGCAGUCUAUAGCUGCUGCCAUUAGUUUCUUCUACAGUAAUCAUUUUGGAAUGUAUGUUCAAUUAACCUUGUUGGUGAUCACAUUAAUUAUGGGUACUCUGUCGUUUUUCAAAGUGGAUAAAUCUAUUGAUAACCGGUGAGAAAAGUUUUACAACAAUAACCAUGUAAUGUACAUCUUCAUUCAACACAAUUUUGGAGUAUCAAACGUUCCAUAUCAGUAUAUUAACGUUACAUUCCAAUUUUAAAUUUUUAUAAGAUUAUUUCUCAUUAAUUAUUAGUAGUUAUUACAUCACUUUUUAUAACAUUAUCUUAAUUUUUUUUUGUAUAUACCAGCAUUGAUUUUAUAAUUUAAUUUAUUGUAAAAUCAAUGAUAUCAGUAUUGUUUAUAUAAGUCUAUUUAAAAAAAUUGUUCAAGUAUUCCAUGUGCCAAAUCUGCAAAUUUUUAAUUAAUUAAUUAAAACAAUAUAUACAUAUAAAUAUAUAAUGUUGUUACUACUUA